UGCAAAAAAAAAAACAAGUUAUUAUAGAAAAGUAAAAAAUAAAUUUUAGGAUGUUAUAAUGAGGCUGGAUUAUAAUAUUAUAAGGAGGUUUGACUGUAAUCUUGUCAGUUUGUCACGUGUUAAUUACUACCAACCAUCUGUAGAACACCUUUUGAGUUUCUAUAUUGGCUAGUGGCAGCAAAGUCCCCAACCAACUGCUAGUAUUCCCACCAUUUAAAUAUACCCCCCCUUUUCCUCCAAUAUUUUCUCACCAAUCUCUCUUGUUUUUGUCAAAUAAAGAAAAAGAAAACCCCAUUGUUGAGAUCCUCAUGGAUUGCUUUGAGCAAAGCUCAGGAUCCCCAUAUGAGCUUCUGCUUAAAGCUGUUUUCUUGAUACCCAUUUCUCAUUAUUUAUUGGGGAUUCUCUUUUUACUCUCUGCAUUUCUUUAUCACUUUGUGGAGAUUCACUUCUUUCAAGAUUUAUUCACUGGGUUUAGGGGACAGCCUGUGUCUUUGACCUUCAAUUCUUGCUCUGAACUCUAUCAAGAAGUUGUUUCCAAAUGUAAAAUUCUUAAUGGCAGGUUUUCGUCUACUCCAUGGCUUUGCAGUCCUCAUCUUCAGACUGCCUUUUUGCAGUUCUUUGGAAGGGCACCCGUUUGCAACUACCGAAGACAGAUAUUUCACUUGUCUGAUGGUGGGAAUAUAGCUUUGGACUGGCUAACGAAAGUUGAUGUUGAAAAGCCAUCCAUUGAACGUCUUGAUGGAGUUCAGAGAGAUGAUAAAAGUCCCAUCCUGCUAGUAGUUCCUGGUUUAACAAGUGACUCUGAUUCUGCUUACAUAAAGCAUCUCACUUUCAAGAUGACCAAACGUGGAUGGAAUGUCGUCGUGAGCAAUCAUCGGGGUCUCGGCGGAGUGCCAGUAACUUCUGAUCGCUUUUAUAAUGCUGCAUGGACGGAAGAUGUUCGCAAAGUCAUUGACCAUCUCCACACCCAAUACCAUCAGGCUCCUUUAUUUGUUGUUGGCCUUAGCCUUGGUGCUACUGUUCUGGUAAAUUAUCUUGGUGAGGAAGGAUUUAAUACUGCAAUUGCUGGGGCAGCUGUUAUAUGUUCUCCUUGGGACCUUUUGAUUUGUGACAGGUUUAUUAAUCGCAGGCUUGUGCAGAAAUUUUAUAACAGAGCUCUUACGAUUGGAUUAAUAGAUUAUGCCAAGAGGCAUCAGACAGUAAUGUCUCGGUUGGCAGAUUGGGAAGGCAUUGUUAAGUCCCGUACUGUCAGAGAUUUUGACCACUCUUCUACUUGUGUUCUUGCUGGUCUUGAGACUGCCGAUACAUAUUACAGGAAAGCUACCUGUACCAGCUAUAUAGGAAAUGUGACGGUUCCCCUCCUUUGCAUUAGUGCUUUGGAUGAUCCUGUCUGUACAAGAGAAGCAAUUCCAUGGGACGAAUGUCGGGCCAACAAAAAUGUCGUACUAGCUACCACGCACCAUGGAGGACACUUGGGAUAUUUUGAAGGGAUGACUGCAAAAAGCCUCUGGUGGGUUAGAGCUGUUGAUGAAUUUCUUUGUGCUUUGAACUCCAGCUCCUUGAUCCAUGGCAAAAAGAGGAAGAUUACCACAGUGCACAGUCCCCUGGAAUCAUCCAUUGAUCAGGCACCAUAUGUGAAUGUUGGAGAAGACGGAUUGGUGAGUGCAUUUAGCAAUGAGCAAUCAGGUGAAGUAGGAAGUCAGCAGAAUGAGCAGCCGGUCGAAGAUGACAAGGCUGGAGAUAGUGGUGUCGUCAAUGGUACGAUGCAACUAGGAGCAAAUGCAACAAUUCAGCUAGAUCCGGCUCCUGAACCAGUUUUUGAUGCAAUGAUGGCUCCUGUUAAAAGGCGUCUGAAUCAGCUUUCUCGGCGUAGCAAGAUUUCAAUGUGGGUACUUGCAUAUGUUGCAAUCUUGACCACUUGGCCGUUUCUUGGUUCAGCUUUACCAAUGUUGUUCAAGAAAAAGCUGCGUAACAUUUUCUCGCUGAAAAGAUGACGAUGUCAUUGCAUGUAGCAGUACCUAAGUUCUGUUCAUUACUAUUGAAGAUACAUUUAUUAUCGUACCAUCUGGGGAAAAGGGAAAUAGUUGAGCUCCAAAGUCAGAUUGGGUAGUAGUGGCUGUAAUGUUUCUUGUUACUUCAAAUAAUCAUAUAAUAGCACAGCCAUUUAUUAGAAA